UCAUGGGUAUUGUAGGAGAGAUAUCAACAAUACAGGCUCUGCAUGCCGUAGCCAUUGAAACGGGGACGCACCGACGACCGUACCAUUGCACUGAUGAAUGCUCUCGACUUCCAAAUCAAGCUAUACUCAACUAUCCGCGAACAGAGAUAAGGUGUGCGAUUGCAGCCUUGUCUUGUAUGCGCUCAUGCCAUUCAAGACGAAGAUUAAGUUUUGUACACGCAUUCCUCCCCUUUGCCUAUUCUCGGUUCUCCUUCUUUCUUUCUUUCCUUCCUUCCUUCCUUCCUUCCUUCCUUCUUUCCCUCUCUUUCUCUUUCCCCUUCUAUCUAUUUGGAUUUUGUCUCUUGUCUUUGUUCCUUUCGGUCCCUUAACCUUCCAAUCCCAAUGAUCCGCCUCUGCUCCCUCCAGGGAACGCCCUACAACCUAUUCCACCCGAUCGCUACCGGUAGAGGUCGACCUAGGGAGAGACGAUACUUGCGCGCGUGAACAAAAGGCUUCGAGCUCACAGCCAGAGGACGGCAACCGUACCUCUUGCUGCUCCCUCGCUU